CCACAGAUCUACAAGAAGUCGAGAGCCAACCCUUAGCUCCACAGAUCUACGAGACAUCUGUGAUCAUCUACCCGUGACAACCAUCGUCUUCUCCACAGAUGUACAAGAGCCAACUUUCAAUUUCACAGAUCUACGAGACCAUGGGAGAAUAGGCUGGAUGUGUAGUAGUACAGUGUAUAAUUCUACAAGAAUUUUAUUUGUAAUUACUCUGUCCAGUGUUCACGGUAGCGGUUGUAGCGGGCGUCUCCGGCAACGACAUCGAAAAUGGGAUCACCGAAGGCGGUGCGAACAGUAUCACAGGAAGCAUUCGAUGAAAUGGUGAAGGAGAACAUGGAGGACCUCGGAAUGCACGCAACCGAAGCUCUCGAAGACGCAAUCCAAACACUAACCCUCCAAGGCGUCGAUCUCUCUGGCAUAGUGACUUGCGUCCUGGGUGUGAGUUCCGUGAAUGACAAUCCGGUUAUUCAAAUGAUCGAGAGACUGAAGCAGUUGGAUCUCGAGUUGGCUAGUUCAGUUGUAAACGAUGGUGUUCUGAAGGAAAUUGUGGAAUUGUUGGAUAGGUUGAAUGAUUCGUGCACUGGUAAAGGAUCGGGUGUGUGGUUAGUGGUUCUGGAAAAAUUGCAAUGCAUGUCCUAGAGAAGCUUAUUGCACAUGGGGCUGUUCCCAUCACUGUAUCAGAUUCAAAAGGUUAUCUGGUGGAUGAAGAUGGAUUUGAUUUCAUGAAAAUAUCUUUCGUAAGGGACAUUAAUAA